AAAGCCCCAUUUUCACUCCUUUCUAUAUAAUCCCCUCCGCAGCACCUCUUCACUUCGUAAUCCCUCAAAAACCAAAACCCCUUUUCUCCCUUCCUCUCUCUACAGUUGGAGAUGACGGUUGAUGAACAAGACUUGGGUUUGAGUCUAAGCUUGAGCUUCCCUCACAAUCCCCCUCUCAUCCCCUCUUCUCCUCACAAACCUUCUUGGAACCACCCUUUCACUUCUGCAGAACGAGAUUCGGAAACAUGCAGAGGUGAAGCUGGAUCGUUCCUCCGCGGAAUCGACGUGAACCGUUUACCUUCUGGGGUUGAUUGUGAAGAAGAAGCGGGUGUUUCAUCUCCGAACAGCACUGUUUCUAGCGUGAGUGGUAAGCGUAGCGAGAGGGAGAACAAUGGGGAAGAGCUCGACACAGACAGAGCUUGUUCCAGAGGGAUCAGUGACGAAGAAGACGGUGAAACCUCUAGGAAGAAGCUUAGGCUCUCUAAAGACCAGUCAAUUAUUCUCGAAGAGAGCUUCAAAGAACACAACACUCUUAACCCCAAACAAAAACUGGCCCUGGCAAAGCAAUUGGGUCUUCGAGCAAGACAAGUAGAGGUGUGGUUUCAGAACAGAAGAGCAAGGACGAAGCUGAAGCAAACGGAGGUAGACUGUGAGUUUUUGAAAAGGUGUUGUGAGAAUCUGACGGAGGAAAAUAGGAGGUUGCAGAAGGAAGUGCAGGAACUGAGAGCACUGAAACUUUCCCCUCAGUUCUACAUGCAGAUGACCCCACCCACAACCCUCACCAUGUGCCCCUCUUGUGAGCGCGUAGCUGUUCCGCACUCUGCCGUUGAUGCUGCCACGCGUCACCAUCCCAUAGCCCCGGCUCAUCAUCGGGCUUUCCCGAUUGGCCCAUGGGCUACUUCAGCUGCUGCUAUUCCGCACAGGCCCUUCGAUGCCCUCCGUCCCAGAUCUUGACCACAAGAAACAAAAUGACAAAAUUAAGAAUGGAAAAAACGGUUGUAAUAGCGUACCCAUGAAUUCUGUGUUCAAAGUGUGGUCUAAGAUAUGGUGGUUAGAAAAACUGAUUUUGUGGGUCUCCAAUGUUUAGUACUAGUUUGACCCUGCGUCUUCUUUUGGUUUUGGGGGGCAUGACCCAGACCUAUUCUCUAUAGGAUUUUUUUAGUUUCUAAAUACUUACUUCGUCCGUCUCAUUUCUCAUGAUUAAUCGGAGACUUUGUGUAAAGUUCAGUGGUUUAAUUAAUCAUGUAUAUAUUUCCUGUGUUAGCAGAUUUUGUUGCAUAACCUAAAAGUCAAAUUUGUGUUUGGGUUGAUUCCUAACCCCUCGUUACGUGUUCAAAGAUCUUCGUUUGAUUUCGAAGUGCGGGAAUUAGUGGGGACUAACUACGGGUUUUGGGCACGAAUUUGACAAAGCAAAGGAAAUAAACAUUUUUUUAGAGUUUGCCCUAAAUGACCAAACACUGCUCAAGAAUUUUGGGUCAUUAUGGGCCCCAAUUGAUAGUGGUUUUUAAUGUAUGAGGGA